AUGCCGAUGAUUUGCCGAGCGGACAGGAACGCUCAAGGUCUCCUGUGGGCUCGAAUUAGUUACCUCAACCACACUGUCCGAGUACGUCUUUGCCGACAAGCAAAUCAUCCCUUUCGCGAGCUAGAAUUGAUGAUGUAAUCCCCCUCCUCUACAGGUCGACCUCGACCUGGCCCCCCACACGACCUUGGAUAAAGUAGGCCGUGACUAUGCGCACAACUGCUUCCUCAUGGAGGGCAUCAAGCUUCCUCCCAAGGGUUACCUCGGUAUUGUAAGUGCGAUGUUUAAGCUCCCACUUGAAUCUGCUGAUGCUGAUAUAGAUACCCUUCGUGCGUCCUGUAGUCGGGUCUUGCCGGUGGCAACCCGGAGCCGGAUGCAAUCGACAUCUACGCCGUGAGUUGAACAAAGCGAACCGCCUUACCGCUGCAUCGAGCCUCAACUCACCACCUUUCAUUUCCACUAAAACAGGUCGACAUCUUCACCGUCACCCCGGGCGAAGAAGCGAACCCGAACAAACCGGUCGUCGACGACUCGCCCGUCAUCAAGGACAAGCACCACGUUCUCGAAGGCACCUCGAACGACGCCGAGAUGACGCUCGUCGCCGAAAUCUUCGUGUCCCAGUCCAAGAUGAUUGAAGCAAUCGAUGCAUUGACGAGGAGGGUUGAUCUUUUGGCCAAGGGUGUUGGGAAAUUCACGGGGAUGACGCCGGGGAGUGGUGCAGCGGGUAAUGUGGCGGGCACGGUAGAUUCGGCUGGGUGAGUAUUCCUUGAGACGCAACAGACUCUUUAGCGAAUGACUCAGCUGACCCUCUACGUUCUUCCCUCCUCCGAUCCAGCGUCGACUCGAGACUGGCUCGUAUUGAAAGCCAACUACGUCUCCUCUCGACCUCGCGCCACAUCGACGCCUCGUCCCCCGGCAGUGCUGGCAGUCAAUCCUCUUCCGCCAAGGACGAGACCUUGGCGCUGAUGACGCAACAGCAGGAGAAGAUCUUGGUUGAACUUGCCGCGUUAGAAAGGAAGCUCGAGAGUUCAUCCGUAAGCAUCCCCCUGCGUUCCUUUCAUCAUCACCUACAACCCGACUGAUUCACCCUUUCACACCCAACAUAGAACGCCAAUACCGUCUCCGUUUCGGCCCUCUCCUCGCGCAACUACGAGAUCCUUCAACUCUUGCACACCGUAGCGGACACGAUCGAAGCGAUUGAGAAACGCGCGCAAAAGAUCCCUCUGUGGACUUGGGUCAGUGGAAUUGUCGUCGUUGUCGGAGGGGUGUGGCAAUUCGUCAAGAAGAGGAAUAACGCCGUGUGGGACGAGAGAAAGUAUCUCUAG